AUGGAUUACACGUCGGGUAUGAUGCCUCUGAACUGGGUGCACAAGCCCCCCUUCACUGUCGAGGCUCCCGGCUACGAGAAACUCCCCGGCGAGACCAUCCCUCGCCGCCAUUUCAGGUUCAAGGACCAACUGCGCAACUCCCCCGCCGAGGGUGUCCACACCGUCUGGGAUAUCGUCCAGCGCAGCGCCCGAGUCUACCCAAAUCACCACGCAGUCGGCUACCGCAAGCUGGUCAAGCUCCACAAGGAGACCAGGAAGGUCCAGAAGAAUGUGGAUGGCGAGAUCCACGAGGUCGACAAGGAGUGGCAGUUCUUCGAGCUCAGUCCCUUCAACUUCUACACCUACAGAGAGUACGAGACUCUUGUCAAACAGAUCGGCUCUGGCCUGCGGAAGAUUGGCUUAACUUCCGAGCACAAGCUGCAUUUGUUUGGAACCACUAGGCACGUCUUCUGCUGCUCGCAGGGAUCUGACACUUCUGUUGAUCCUCGCCGAAAGCACCCAUCGUCUUAUCAUGUCUCUAUCCCCAUAGUCACGGCCUAUGAUAACCUCGGCGAGGAAGGCGUCGCCCAUUCCCUUGUCCAGACUAACGCUGAAGCCAUGUACGUCGACCCCCACCUGCUCAAGACGGCGACGGGUCCCAUUUGCAAAUCAAAAGUCAAGACCGUCAUUGUCAACGCCAAGUGCAUCUUCGCCGAGGGCGGCGAGGUCGACGAGUUUAAGAAGAACAACCCCGACAUCAUCGUCUACACGUACGAGGAACUCCGCAAACUGGGAGAAGAGAACCCUGUCGACCCUACCCCGGCCAAGGGCGCCGAUCUCUACUGUAUCAUGUACACUUCUGGCUCCACUGGUCUCCCCAAGGGCGCUUGCAUCAAACAUGAGUCCCUUGUCGCUGUCGCUUUGCUAACCGUCGCUCCUGUAGUGACGGGUCUCUGGACCAACGUCGAGGAAUGCGUUAGUGACAAGGAGUCAGUCCUUGCCUAUCUUCCCCUUGCCCACAUCUUUGAAAUGGCGCUUGAGAACCUGGUGCUAUUUAUUGGCGGCACUCUCGGAUACGGCAAUCCUCGGACGCUCUCCGACAUUUCCGUCAAGAACUGUGGUGGUGACAUGCGCGAGCUGAGGCCUACUGUCAUGGUCGGUGUGCCCCAAGUGUGGGAGACGAUUAAGAAGGGCGUGAUGUCCAAGUUGAAUACUUCGAGCUUCCUCCUCCAGGUACUCUUCUGGGGAGCUUUCAACUACAAGACCUUUAUGUCUAGGAACAAGCUGCCCGGAGCGAACAUCCUCGACAAAGUUGUUUUCUCCAAGGUCCGGGACCUGAGCGGCGGUCGUCUGCGCUUCAUUAUGAACGGAGCCAGCAGCAUUGCCGACGACACGAAGCACUUCCUGUCAAUUGUUCUUGCACCUAUGCUGACUGGCUACGGACUAACCGAGACCUGCGCCAACGGUGCCCUCGGCUGCCCUCUCGAGUUCUCACCCAACGCUAUUGGCCCGGUCCCGGCUUCUAUCGAAGUCAAAUUGGUCGCUAUCCCUGACAUGGGCUACGAAACGGAUUCUGGAACACCGCAAGGCGAGAUCUUAAUUAGGGGGAUGCCGGUUCUGAGCGAGUACUAUGACAAUCCCGAGGAGACCUCAAAGGCUGUGACGCCAGAUGGCUGGUUCAAGACUGGUGACAUUGGCGAGUUCGACGCUAAUGGGCAUCUUAAAGUCAUUGAUCGGAUCAAGAAUCUCGUCAAGAUGCAGGGUGGGGAGUACAUUGCCCUCGAGAAGCUCGAGGCCGUCUACCGCGGUGCCCGCACCGUCACGAAUGUCAUGGUUGUCGCCGACGUGAACAAAUCUCGCCCCAUUGCCAUAAUUAUGCCUAAUGAGAAGGCCCUGGUUGAGGAAGCCGAGAAGCUUAAUGUCGACAAGCAUAAAAUGUACCAGGACAAGAAGGUCAACAGCGUUGUUCUCAAUGACCUGCAAACCACUGGUCGCCGCGCCGGUCUCAGGGGCAUGGAGAUCGUUGCCGGCGUUGUCAUCACCGAGAAGGAGUGGACUCCCUUUAAUGGUCUUGUUACUGCUACCCAAAAGCUGAUCAGGAAAGCUAUUCGCGACACAUUUAGGAAGAAUAUUGAUGAGUGUCUCAAGGAUCUCUGA